AUGAACUGGUGCAUGAUCAUCUCUGGGCUAAUCGUAGUGGUGCUUAAAGUUGUCGGGAUGACCUUAUUUCUGCUUCACUUUCCGCAGAUUUUUGGCAAAAGUAAUAACAGCUUCAGUCCUGAGGAGAGCUAUGGAACAGUCCCACAGAUUUUCGGGAACAAUAAUGAGAGCUUCAUGCCCACAGAGAGCUCUGGAACAGUCUGCCCCACCAGGUGGGAUUUUCAUCAAGGAAGAUGUUUUUUCUUGUCCUCCUCUGAAAUGUCUUGGAACAAAAGCAGGGAGAGCUGCGAAGCAGAAGGAUCGACUUUGGCCAUCGUCAACAUGCCAGAGAAACUGAAGUUUCUCCAGGACAUAACUGGAGCUGAGAAGUAUUUUAUUGGCUUACUAUACCAACCAGCAGAGAAAAGGUGGCGUUGGAUCAACAACUCUGUUUUCAAUGGCAAUGUUACCAAUCAGCGCCAGAAUUUCAACUGUGUCACCAUAGGCCUAACAAAGACAUUCGACGCUGCAUCAUGUGACACAGCGUACCGCUGGAUCUGUGAAAAGAGUGCCAAAUGA